AUGGGGUUUGCUACCAAAUGGCUGAGGACUUUGCUUGGAAUGAAGAACAAGGAAACUACUCCAUUCCCCGCUCCAACUCCACCUCCUUCUUCUUUUUCUGAGAAGAAAAGGUGGAGCUUUUCCAAACCGGCUAGGGAUUCCAUUUCCUCGGUUCAGGUUCAGAAUCCUGUCGAACCCACCUUGUCUGAGCAGCUCAACAACCAUGCAGUUGCAAUGGCGGCCGCCGCCGCCGCCGCAAAGGUGGUUAGGAGGAACAAUCGUAUGAUACGGAAUUUAGCUGCUGUCAAGAUCCAGAGCUAUUUCAGAGGCUAUUUGGCUCGUAAGGCUCUGCGGGCAUUGAAGGGACUGGUGAAGCUUCAAGCAAUUGUAAGAGGGGUUCUAAUGAGGAAACAAAAUAAAAUAAUUCUUAACCAACUGAAGGCGCUUGUUCGAGUCCAGGAUGCCGCUCAAUAUCAAAGAUAUCGUCGCCGAUUACUCAAGGAACAACGUAUAUCUCAAGCUAGAAGAUCAAGGGAUAAUUUACAGUACUUGGCCGAUGAAUUCCCUUUGUUAAUUGAAGUCGAUAAAAGGGUGAACCCUGAGUUGAUGAAAUCAAAUUCUAUAAGAAUGGAAACCGCAGUAUAUCAAUACGUAGAAAUUGAAGAUCCUAACGAUUCAUCUCCUCACCAGGACCCAGUCCCUGUUGUCGUUCCUGGCCGGCUAUCUUUAAGGGAAUCCAGAACCAUGCAAGAUUUGGAAUUUCUUUACAGCACUGAAGAAUGCAGCCGAGGCGCGGCAACUUCCCACAGCACCCCUCGACUUUCCAACUCGUGGCUGACUGCUAAUGCACCACCGACUCCGGCUAAGAGUAUUGGUGAGAGCUUCUUUAAGUUGCACUCCAACUCCCCUGGUUAUAUGGCGAUUACUGAAUCGUUCUAUGCUAAGUUGAGGUCUCAAAGUGCACCAAGACAGAGGCAGGAACAGAUCAUUUCUGCUGCUACUGCUGCUGUUCUUGCUCGUAAGAAUAAGAAUAAGAUGAGCAUGCAUGAGAUGAUUGCCUCAAGGAGUACCUUUACUGGUGUUAGGAUAUUUGAUGGAUCAUCCGCUUCUACUUCUUCUUAA